AUUUUUGUUCGCAGCUGGGGUUUUUUUUCGCUCCACUGAAGGACACAGCUGCGGUUCACCGUUGUUGCCAGACAUGGGUGGACACAGAGACGCGAAAGUAGUGAUCAUAGGAUGUGGGAUAGCUGGAUUAGCAGCAGCACAGAAACUGGUGAAAGCUGGUUUUCAUCAUGUGCGGAUACUGGAGGCGACAGGAAGAAGCGGAGGACGAAUAAAAACAGGAAGGAUCGGUGAUAAAAUUGUUGAGAUAGGAGCAAACUGGAUCCAUGGGCCGUGUGAGGAGAACCCGGUGUUUUGUCUGGCCCGUCAGUAUGGGCUUUUGGAUCCAGAAGCCCUCAAGCCGGAGAACCAGGCCUUGGAUGUCAGAGGCCAUCUUCCUUGGGUUCCCAGAUUCUUCAGCAGUUCAGGUCGGGAGCUGAACGCUGAGGACAUCUUACCUGCUCAGAAAUUGUUUUUGGAGCUGAUAAAUGAAAGUUCCGAUUUUCAGAGUCAAAGAGGAGAACCCUGGCCCAGUGUGGGUGAUUUCUUACGGGCACAGGUGCAACAGCACGCAGCAGAGAAAUGGAAAGAUGUUGAUGAAGCCACCAGAUCUCUGCGACUAUGUGUGAUCAGUAACAUGUUGAAAGUCGAGUGCUGUGUCAAUGGGACUCACAGCAUGGAUGAGGUCAGCAUGGGGGCCUUUGGCCUAUACAAGACUCUACCUGGACUGGACUGUACAUUCCCAGGUGGCUAUGAAGGUCUAACCCAGAACUUGAUAGAAGAGCUCCCUGCUGGUUUAGUGACCUACAAUAAGCCUGUGCGCUGUGCCAACUGGAACAGCGCAAAGAGCGCAGAGCCCGUGAUGAUUGAGUGUGAUGGCCAAAAGCUCGUUGCUGAUCACGUUAUAGUCACCGUGCCACUUGGAUACUUGAAGAAGCACCACUCAACCUUGUUCCAUCCUCCUCUCCCUCUGCACAAGCUGCUCUCCGUCCAGAGGCUGGGUUUUGGGACAAACAAUAAAAUAUUUGUGGAGUUUGAUUCACCAUGGUGGGAUGCUGACUGUGAGGUCAUCUUCUUCGUGUGGGAUGAUGAGGAUGCUGUGGUGGACCAGGUGCCAGAUGUGCAAACAUCCUGGAUAAAGAAGUUGUUUGGCUUCACUGUACUCAAACCCACUGAAAGGCACGGUCACCUUCUCUGUGGCUGGAUUUCUGGACAUGAGUCAGAGUACAUGGAAACACUGUCUGAACAGCAGGUCACAGAUGCCAUCACACAGCUUAUUCGCAGGUUUACAGGGAACCCCAUCAUCACUCCAAGGAGAAUCCUGCGCUCCCAGUGGUUUCACGAUCCGUGGACGUGUGGAUCCUACAGUAAUCUUGGAAAAGGCUGUUCAGAGCAGGACCUGGACAACUUGAUGGAGCCCCUUCCACCAAAAGGAUCAAAAUCACAACCCCUGCAGGUGUUGUUCGCUGGAGAGGCAACUCAUCACUGCUACUUCUCAACCGUCCAUGGAGCUGUUCUCACCGGGUGGAGAGAAGCUGAUAGACUUAUCUCGCACUACUCACUCAUUACUCCUUCUGAGUUUCCAAAGUCAAAAUUUUAAAAAAUUGCUCUUUGCCACUAAAAAGCUCAAAUUUACUAUAAUAUAAAAAUGUACUUCACUUUUGAUGUGUUACAUUAUUUUUAAACAAUGAAAAUCAGAGUGAAUAUGAAGGCUUGCUGCUAACUUGAGGAUGUUUAAUGGGCCUCACUGGUACUUUCAACCAGUACAGGCAACACACACAGUGUGUAGAAUAAUGAUGUGUUGACAUGAAUAAUGGUUGUUAAUACUGACUGUGCAAAUUUGUCAUUUGAGGACUGACGAUAACUGACUGAACUUUCCUUUUGCAAACUCGAAUUGUUGCGUUUGGACUGAUUUUAAUUAACUAUGAAUAAACUGUAUUUUCUAGUGGAUCGGCUUUUUGUGAAUGUAAUUUUUAGGAACUAAGCACAUCUCCUGACAUGAUGCAUUUUAAGGCAAAUAUUACGAGGUCCUUCACCUCAAAAAUGCUAGAACAGCUUUAAAAUAUGACUUUUUAGCUGUUUUUUAAGCACGCUCACAGAGUCCACAGAUCUCAGGCACAGAGGAGAGUUUGGGGCCUCAGGGAUCUGCUGAGGAUGUAUGGAUUUAAAGGUUCACUGAGGUAGGCUGGGGCUUGUCCAUGAAGAGCUCUAGAGCAGCAGUAAUGCAUCUUCACCUGCUGCUAAUUUGUAAAGUAUAAUAUACUUUAACUUUUUAUUUAAGAUUUUCUGCCUUUAGAAUCAUCAAAGUCCUUCUAAGUCUCAUCAUCCAAUACCGUUUCAGAUCACCAGUCAAAUCUUAAAAAAUAAAUUCUAAAAAAGUUUGUUGAUUGUAAUAUAGUUCAACGGGGUGAAAAUGUAUCACCUCUUUGCAAUCUUUUUAAAUGAUUUUGAGUAUACAAUGAAUAGGUAUUAUAAUGACUGCGAAAUGAGUGAUGAUGAUGCUGAGGUCUGUGUAAGACUUAUUGUUCUUACGUAUGCAGAUGACACUGUAGUAUUGUCAGACUCAGAGACAAAGCUAUAGAAGCCUGUAUACCUGUUCUGACUCGUCUCCCCAAUGUGAUGUUUGUGUAAUUUCACUGCAGGCAACUGCAAGUGGCAAAUAAAGGCUUCAUCAUAAGAAGAAGAAGACUUUAAAUGCAGUAGAAAGAUAUUGUGUUGACUGGAAACUAAGUGUAAAUUCGAAUAAAAGUAAAGUUUUUGCAAGAGGUAAAGUAAGAAAAUUCCAUGACUUCAAAUUUGGAAUUUCUGUAUUACAAGCAGUGGAUCGUUAUGCUUAUCUUGGUGUCACAUUUAAUUACAAUAACCACUUGAAAGGGCUAUUAAGUCAACUGGGGCAGAUUUGGAAAGCUCUAUAGUUUGUUAACUAAAGCUAGAGAUCUGGGAUUAUCUGUUGAAACUCAGUUACAGUUAUUUAACCAGUUGCUCUUACCAGAGGCGUGGGACCAUGAAGACAUUUCAUUAAUUGAAUCUUAAAGCAAGCAUUUCAAUAUACAGGAUUUUAUUAUUUAUGAGAACAUACCAGAGUGGUGAAUGAUAGCUAUAAGACCACUUACUGAGAUGAGUAUAUCAUAUUCUGAGACAAAAUUGGAAUUCCAAAAUGUUUAAUAAUUUUGGAAUUCCAAUUUUUUCCAAUAAAUUACAGAAUAUUUCAACAAGAGAUCAAACUGGAAUAAAAUUUGUGUAGUUUCUAUUUUGUGUUAUCUGGAAAAGGUUUAGAUGCGGUGUUAGUGGUAUCCCAGUCAUUAUGGGUAGAUUUUAUGGAGUUAUAUGUACCAAAUGUUUAUGUGGACUUUGUAGAUUAGGGAAACUUGGAGAUGACUCUCAUUACUUGUUUGAAUUUAGUCAUUUUAAGUUGCAAAAACAAACAUGUCUGCCUGUGUAUUUUAGGUUGAGACCAAAUGUUUAUAAGAUGGAGAAGUUGUUUAAUACUAAGAAUAUUGUUAAGGUGCGUAAACUUGCAAAAUUUAAUAAAGAAAUUGUAUAUAAA